ACUUGCGCCGAGACUGAUGCCGAUGUCGUGUUCGUCAUUGACACCACUUCUUCAAAUAAUACUUCAUUCCUCGUUCAACAACAUCGUCUUCUACGCAUUCUUAAACGGCUGUCAUACGUUUUAAAAGGUCGAUCUGUACGCUAUGGAGUGAUAGGAUUUAGCAAGAAGCCGGAAUUGUUGCUUGAGCUCGAAUCACCGUUUGCUACCGAUACACAACGGGUUUCCGAUUUGAUCUUAUCACUCAAACCUCGACAAUCAGCUUCAAACUCUGUAGCUCGUGCUUUGGAGGAGGCAAUGUCGAUCUUUUUUGAAUCUAGGACUGCUAUUGAGAGAAGGAAAGUGGUCAUCCUCGCCCACGAUGGAGUCAACACUGAUCUUGUCGCAGAAACUUUAGAAGCUGUAUCAAAUAUGGAGAAACUUGGAGCGGCAACAUUUGCCGUUACCGGUAGUUCACGUCCAAACUCAUUUGCUCUUUUGGGUUAUACGGGAGCACGGGAGAGGAUAUUUGUUACGGCAGGUGACAGAGCUGCAUUUCAAGAUGCACUAGACGAGGGAAAGAAAGAGUAA